CAUCACGUGUUCCCCGUGGCGAUGGAGGCGGCCGACGUGUUCCGCGCGCUCGGCGCUGGCGCCGCUUUUGACUGGAAACGGUUUGGCGGCCGCGAGAUAACAAAAUCAAUCAAUACCAUCUUGAAUGAAAACCCUACAGAACUUGACUUUUUCAAGAAUCAGCCUACAAAAAUUAACAAACCAGUGGGGGACAUAUUGAAGAUCAGGGAGCAGAGAGCACCUUCUGCAAGAGUGCGUGAAGAUAUCUGCACCUCCACAUCACCAGGAAAAAGGAAACUUGCGAUUAAUGGAUCAGAAGAGAGGAAAAGGAGCAAAAAAGAAGUCAAAGCACAAGCUGAGACUGAAAUACACAACAUUUUUCCCACUUUAAGAAAUGGUGAAGGGGCAAUGUCCUCACUGGGAAGCAAGAUUCACAGAAGUCAUGGCAAAGAACCCAAUGCUGAGAAGUUGCAACACCAGCAGCGGGAAAAGAUAAAUAAGUUCCGGCGCAAGCAUCGGAUUUACGUGGAUGGAACUGAUAUCCCCGAACCUGUUGCUACCUUUGAGCAGCUUCAACAAGACUACAAGGUUCACCCGAAAGUUAUUCAACAUGUAGAGGAAUCUGGAUUCCUAAUGCCUACUCCUAUACAAAUGCAAGCUAUACCCAUCAUGUUACAUAAUCGUGAAAUCCUGGCCUGUGCUCCAACUGGAUCUGGAAAGACAUUGGCUUUUUGCAUCCCACUCUUGACAUGUCUAAAACAGCCAAUGAAUCAAGGUUUCAGGGCAUUGAUAUUAUCUCCCACUCGAGAGCUUGCCAGUCAGACUUAUCGAGAGCUAGUAAAACUCUCUGAAGGCAUUGGUUUUCGAAUUCACAUGAUCAACAAAGCAACUGAGGCUGCCAAAAAGUUUGGUCCCAAGUCUUCAAACAAAUUUGAUAUUUUGGUGACAACUCCAAACAGACUGAUUUACCUGUUGAAGCUGGAGCCCCCAGCACUGGACCUCAGCAGAGUUGAGUGGUUGGUUGUUGAUGAAUCGGAUAAAUUAUUUGAGGAUGGCAAAUCCGGAUUCCGAGAUCAGUUGGCCACCAUCUUCCUGGCCUGUACAUCUCACAAUGUGCGGCGAGCUUUGUUCAGUGCCACAUUUGCAAUGGAUGUGGAGCAGUGGUGUAAACUGAACUUGGACAAUGUGGUUUCUGUAUCAAUUGGUAUAAGGAAUUCAGCUGUAGAGACUGUGGAGCAGGAAUUACUUUUUGUCGGAACAGAAAAUGGGAAAUUGCUGGCAAUGCGAGACCUGAUUAAAAAGGGUUUUUCACCUCCAGUGCUGGUCUUUGUUCAGUCUAUUGUAAGAGCAAAGGAGUUGUUUCGUGAGUUGAUCUACGAAGGUAUUAACGUUGAAGUUAUCCAUGCAGAAAGAACGCAACAACAGAGAGAUAACGUAGUGCGCAGCUUCAGAGCAGGAAAGAUUUGGGUCCUCCUUUGCACUGCACUAAUGGCUCGAGGCAUUGAUUUCAAAGGAGUGAAUUUAGUCAUCAACUACGACUUUCCAACUAGUGCUAUUGAAUACAUCCAUAGAAUUGGUCGUACCGGAAGAGCUGGUCACCAAGGAAAAGCGAAAACAUUUUUUACAGAAGACGAUAAACCACUUUUGCGAAGCAUAGCAAAUAUCAUCAAACAAGCUGGCUGCCCUGUACCUGAUUACAUGAUGCAAAUAAAGAAAUUGCAAAGUAAACAAAGGAAAAGGGUCAUCAAAAAUCCAAUCAAACGAGCGACCAUCAAGACCACUCCAAAAUACUUCCUAGAAACGGCGGCCAGAAAGAAAAAACUGAUUCAGAAGAGCAAGAAGAAAAAAGAAAAGCCCCAAAAAAGUGUGACAAUCAACAGUUUUUAACAAGAUUCCAGAUUUGUGAGAAAUGGCCUCCUACUCACAAAACCAUGUCCCUAAUCAUCCCUUGUCCAUUUAACUGCAUGUGUAUCUUAUCCAUCAGAAUACUCUCUGGUAACUUUUCAACCACAGAUGUUAUGCUGAAGAUUGUUGUCAUUGCUGUUUUGAAAGAAAACAAAUGUUUCUAAAUAUUUUAAGAUAUCUUGGAUGUGCUGAAGAGUGCAGUGCCACCUAUGUGAAAUACUGCAAUAUUGUACUUUCUUUAUAGUAUGUUUCAACCCUUUUAGAAUUAACAGAUGCUGCAGUAUGAUAUACUGAUAUUGACAUGAGGAUGUGAAUUUAACAUGCCCUUUUUCUCUGAUAUAGAAAAUUGCAGUCUGGAUACUGUAGUUUAAGUUACUUCCAGUAAGAAUUUGUUGUAUAGAAAUUAUAAACUGGUGUAGUUACAGCUAAAUGAUCUCUGUAAAUCCUAAUAAACUCAAUCGGGUGAUUUCUUUUCAAAUUUUAAAUAUCCAUCAUUAAAGUAAUGUGGACAAUUUGACUUUAACACUGACUGUUUACAUUAUCUCUUCUGGUGGAGCGUAAAAUAUAACUUUGUAUUUCAUUAUUAA